AUGGAAAUAGCCCUAUCCUCGUGUGAGGAUAGUGGCAUCGAUUUACUCUCAGAUAGCAGACUGUCUGCUUUAGAGUAUGCAGACGACAUUGUGCUACUAACUGAAGAUCGAGGUGAGUUGCAAGCUUUUCUGGAUGGCUUGAAUGCAAGCGUAUCCCUCUUCGGUAUUCGUUUUGCACCUUCAAAGUGUAAAAUGUUACUGCAAGACUGGGUUGGUCCAGUACCCAGACUCACUCUAACUGGGGAAGUAAUAGAUCAAAUGGAUAAGUUAUGUUAUUUGGGCAGCUACAUCUCACCCAGUGGACGCAUUACGGAUGAAAUACAUACUUUCAUUAUGACUAUUCACUCGGAGCAACCCACACCCGAAUCCGAUGCCACACAAAAUAGUGCGCCAAACGAGUGUCUACUCCAAUGGUGCGCAGAAAUUCACAACGAGCGGACUGCACUGCGCGAACGCCUUGUCGAAAAAGUUGGAGAACUUAAGCAAUUGGUGAAUGAGUUUGGGAUAACAUUGGAUGAAACUGAAUCGCGUUUGUGCGAUUUGGAUCCGGAUGUUUCUUGGCAGAGAAAGUUAGAUGCAUCCGUUGAGAAUCAGUUUACUAGUAUAAUGCAUGAAGUGGAAAAUGAAGUGAACGGGUUGGCCAGUCCGUCUUCAGAAACACUGACUGUGAAACGAAUACUCGAAGAGUUUGUGGCACAACAUGGACGUUCUACCACCGAGAAAGCCUCAUCCUCCGCUGAUCGUUUGGCUGUCCAGAAGAUUCUUCAACAAGCCAGGCAUCGGGCCACUGGUCAGAAAAAGACUCGCUUAGGUUUGGCAUUGGGCCAUAGUCGCCGAGGUAGACCCCCUGGCUCGAAGAAUCAUUGGACGAAUCAACCGUUAUCUAACUGGCCGAGGUAA